AUGCUCAUGCUACUGUCUUCAACAGACUACAAGAUACUAGAAAAAAUUGGUAAGGGAGCAUUUUCCAAUGUAUUCUGCGUGCGGGAUCGGGCACAGGGGACCUACUAUGCGGCCAAGCAGUUGACAGAAGAAAUUCAGGAUACCGGAGACAUCGCCAACUGCCCGGAAGUAAGCCUUAUACAACAUGUCCCUAGCCAUCCUAAUCUACUCAACAUUUUGGACGUGAUUUACGAAAACAAGCGUCUUACUCUGAUUAUGGAGUUGAUGGACAUCAGCUUGUACGAUUACAUUAUAUCACGUAAACGACCACUGUCGGAGAACCGGGCACGACGCUUUUUGCUUCAGGUGAUCACUGGCAUCGAUCAUCUGCACCGCCACGGCGUGUUCCACCGGGAUAUUAAACCGGAGAAUAUUUUGAUUAAACGUGCGCUUGGCGUUGUUAGAAAGGAGAUUGUUCAGGUAGGAGACUUUGGUACGAUCUGUCGGAUAGACGACAAACCGCCGUUUAAAGACUACAUCGCCACACGCUGGUACCGGGCGCCGGAAGUGAUUCUUACGGAUGGAUACUAUGGACCCAAAAUGGACAUUUGGGCGAUUGGUUGUUGUUUCUUUGAGAUGCUCACCCGCAAACCGCUUUUUCCUGGCCAAUCCGAGCUGCAUACACUCGAAUUGAUUCAUCAGUUGCUCGGUACUCCAUCGAAGAGUAUGCUGAUGAAAAUCAAACAUUACAAUAUGGGUGCCCUUGAAUUUCGAAAGUUUCCGCCGGAGGAUUUCCGAAGGAUGCUACCAUUGGUCAGUGCGUAUGGUAUAGAUAUGCUGAAGAAAACAUUAACAUACCACCCUGAUCAACGGAUAAGUGCAUCGAGAUUGCUGAAGCACAUCUACUUCCAGGAUGUCACGUAA